GAGAAGGACCCCGCUGUCAAGGCCAUGACGGAGGCAAGUUGGUUCGAGAUGUCUCUCAACAUGUGCAAGAUUUUGUGCACUUGUGAAGGACACCUGUUCCUUCUCAGCCGUAAUGAAAAGCCUUUGGUUGCUGCUUUUCACCUUCUGCGUUUGGGGCCACCCAGCUCGCGAUGUGUGUUUCAUGGUGGGUGCGCAUGUUUCCGCGAGGUGGGCAACACGUGCUAGUUGCGCCGCUGCUGUGAAGUCCAAGCCUCAAACGU